AUGCAUAUUCGUAAGAAGGUAACCCUAAUGCCUCACAGCAGAAUCCGAAGAGAUACUCACAAAAUCGCCGACGACAACGACGACGACCGGUGGUUUCCGUUCUACUUCGUCAUCAUGAUGCCUAACACCGUCGCUACAAUCGCCAAAGCUAUCCGCCGUAAUGAAUAUUCAACGGCGCUUCUCUGUGCAUCGGUUUGUUUAUGUUUCGUUUUGUUGAAAUUCUGUCUAUCUAGAUACCGAUCCUUGCCUGAAAACGAGAAAUCGAGCCAGAAAUUUGUGCUGAAAUUGUAUAUGUGGUUUCUAUACACCGCUAUUUCGUUUGGAUUUCUUUAUCCGUUUGCGGAUUUCUUCCCUCCGCCGACGACGGUGGCUCUGUAUUCCGUUGUGGUGGUGUUUAGUUUGUUUUUGUUCUAUGUGUUCGUGAUGGUUGAUCUCGUGAGGUAUUGGAAGCUCUGGAUACACAGUGAGGAUGAACACAGGAGGUUAGAUGCCAGAAACUUGAAUGAUCACUCCGUUUUGAUCUGGGAGCAAGUUUGA